AUGAAACACGGUGGAGAGAUCGUAAUACGGCUAGGGGAGGUAAGAUUCAGGGAGUCGACGGAGCUGGACAGGAGGGAGAGGGUGGCGCGCAGGAGGAGGAUAUGUUAG